UCUUCUGCUUGGGGCUAAUAGUGGCGGACAUGUUGAUGUGGCCUGUAGAUAAACAAUAUUGACUUUAUUUGGGGGAUUUAACGGAGAAAGGGUUCGCUCUACAGGCGGAAGGCACAAUGGAUGCUGUCAAUGCUUUUAACCACGAGCCGUGGACGUUUGUAAAUGAAAAACGCUCUUUUCUUCUUCAGAGACUGACGAGUAAGCGAGUUGUUCUCCCUGAUGGAGUCCAAACCUCCCAUCUCAAGGGCGAAGAUGAUCUCCAUUACCAAGUCUGCCAUAAAGGCCAUUAAAUUAUACAAGCAUGUUGUCCAAAUUGUUGAGAAAUUUAUUAAGAAGUGCAAGCCUGAAUACAAAGUGCCAGGCCUCUAUGUGGUGGACUCCAUAGUUCGACAGUCCCGCCAUCAGUUUGGUGCAGACAAAGAUGUGUUUGGUCCAAGGUUCACCAAGAAUAUCACUGGGACUUUUGAAAACCUCUGCUUGUGUCCCACAGAGGACAGGAGUAAAAUAGUGCGGGUGCUGAACCUGUGGCAGAAGAAUGGAGUGUUUAAGAUCGAAGUGAUCCAGCCACUCCUGGACAUGGCUGCUGGAUCCAGCAGUUCAGCUGAACUCCCACCCAUGGACAAUGGGCCAGAUGGGGCUACAUCCCCUCCUUCCCCGGCACGGGAGGUGGAGAACCACCCUGACGUGUCAGCAAAUUCUGUGCCUGUGCCCGUGCCGCAGCUGCAGAACUCGGACGCCUUUGCUGCCGUAGCGCAGCUCUUCCAGUCCUCCCAAGGGCAGCAGCAGCUCCAGCAGAUGCUGCAGACGUUCCAGCAGACCAGCAAGCCCCAGUCUCCAGUGGUGGAGAAUAGUGCCACGGCGCCCCUCCACGUACAGACGCCCUCCGUGCCGCCGACUACCGGGCUGGCCCCGUGCCUCCCACAUGCCUCACAGCCCGUAGAGAGAAAAGCCACCUUCGACAAGAAACUUCUCGAUCGCUUUGAUUAUGAUGACGAGCCAGAGGGUGGAGAGGAGACCAAGAAGGAUGAGACGUCCUCCGUCCAGCCUGCUUUUGGCUUUCCUGAAGGAGCCCAACAGCCUCAGCAAGCUUCAGCAGCCUUCCCCCAGCCAGCCAAUCAGAUGCAGCACUUCCAGCAGCACAUGAUGGGCAUGACUCAGGACCAACAGGUUCUACCUCCGAACGGGCAGGUCCCGGGUUUCGGCCGGAUGCCCCUUCAGCCCUACCCGGGAAUGAUGCCCCCGAUGGGGCAGCCCCCCACCACAGUGCCCACUGGCUUCCCUGGGGCCUACCCUCCUCAGAAUGACGUCUUCUCUCAGCUCAUGGCAGGGCAGCCUCAUCAGGAAUCCUCUGUGGAUUUAGAUACAUCUUCAAGACAUCAUCCAGACGGCAGACAGUCUCGGUCCCAGUCAGGGUCAAGAUCCCCAAAGCGGAGGCGGUCACGGUCCAACUCGCGCUCCAGGCGUUCGCGACACCGUCAUUCCCGCUCGCGCUCCAGGGAGCGCCGACGGCACUCGCCUCGCUCCCGCUCCCAGGAGCGGAGGGAUCGGGAGAGGGAACGAGAGCGGGAACGCAGGCAGAAGGGCUUGCCUCCUGUCAAACCAGACACGCUAAGCGUGUGCAGCACUACUCUAUGGGUGGGACAACUGGACAAGAGGACUCAGCAGCAGGAUGUGGCCUGUCUCUUAGAGGAGUUUGGCCAGAUAGAGUCAAUAAACAUGAUUCCACCUCGAGGCUGCGCCUACAUUGUCAUGGUUCAUCGGCAGGAUGCCUUUCGAGCUCUCCAGAAGCUUAGCAGAGGAACAUACAAAGUCAACCAAAAAGCCAUUAAGAUCGCCUGGGCUCUAAACAAAGGCAUAAAGUCUGACUUUAAGCAGUACUGGGAUGUGGAGCUGGGUGUCACAUACAUUCCCUGGUCCAAAUUGAAGACGGAGGAUCUGGAGGUGUUCAGAGAGGGUAGUAUGCUGGACCCAGAUACACUUUCCCCAGAGUGGCGAGGCCUUCAGGCUGAGCUGGAGAUCCCAGACGAGGCGUCCCAGAAUGGCAGGACAGACGUGGGGCAGACUGAUGAGAGCCCAGCUCUGCUCCCUGCACAGGCUCCUCCUAUCCAGCCAGCAGGGUCUGCUGGGCCCGUUGGGGUUCCACCACCAGGCUUCCCUGCUCCCAUGAACAUCCCACCACCCUCAUUUCCACCCGGAGUUCCUCCACCUCCUGGGCCCUUUAUGAGACCUGGGUUUAACCCCAUGCAGAUGCCCCCAGGAUUCCUCCCUCCUGGUGCCAUGCCUCCUAUUGGCUCAGCUGGUCCCCUGCCGCCCACGUCGGGCAUCAGCAUGCCACCAGUUAGUGGCUCAGUGGAGGAACUGCCAGGCGAUCCACCAGGGGUGGGCUCCAGGGUCAGUAGGGAAGGAGCAGAUGCAUUCAGCCCUGUUCCAGGGAACCAGGUUCCACCAGGUGGUCUGCCAGGGAUGAGCAUGCAAAAUCCACCAGGGCUUUUAGGCUCAAGGCCAGGUGUGAUGCCUCUACAGCGCCCCCCGGGGAUGCCCCCUCCACACCUACAGCGUUUCCCCAUGCCACCUCCACGGCCAGGCAUGCCACCAAUGCCCCCGCAGAUGAUGCCACCCAGGGGCCCACCUCAGAUGAUGCAUUGUGAACCUCCACCAGGGGGCUUUGCUAUGCCUCCCCCACCACACCCCAUGAGAGGCCCCUUCCCGCCUCCUGGCCCUCCAUUCAUGAGGCCGAGUGGGCCAAGAGGACCAGAUGUGCCUACAGAGGACCAGGAGGGCCGACCCUUCCGGGGCGAGCGGGCCGCACCCAGCCGCGAGCGGGACAGGGACCAGGACUGGUACGGCGGACGCCGGCCAUUCGGCGAGGGACGUGCUGCAGAGAGGCCAGAGGGACGCGACCGCUUCGGGAGCUGGCACGAGGAGGCGGAGCAGAGGGCUGGGCGGGACAGAGUCCGGGAGCGGAGAGACUGGAGGCGGAGCCCUGAGCCAGAGAGAGAGAGAGACCGGGAGAGGGAGGGUGAGGAGCGUGGCAAACGUAGCAGAGACAGGGAGAGGAGCACCCGCUGGGACAAGGAUGACAGACUGGACAGAUUGGCCAGCAUGGCCGGAGCACCCAAUGGACAUGAGAUGCUCAGAGACUCGAGCAGCUCCGACCGCCCGGUAGACUCUGCUAAAGAACUGCCCCAAAUCACGGCAGAAGCCCCAGUCCAUCCUGCUGAAGCAACCUCAGAGUCGCAGGGAGUUCAGAGCCAAGCGGCAGAGCAAACUAAGUCAUCUGAGUCAUAGGCUUUGGUUAGCUGUGGAGCAUAAUGCUCAGGAUGUUUGUCCUUUUUUAACCUGAUGGCGUGUGUUUGUGUGAUCAUUUGCUGAUGUACAAACGUAUAUUAGCUUGAAUGUUAAUGAAAAGAUCAUAUUUUUUUUGUGUGGGUUUAGACCUAGAGGGAAGGAUCAAAUAUUUAAGGAAGGAAAAUUAACAAACAAAAUCUUAUCUGAUCUAGGAUCAGCCUGCUUCACGUUGGUUUCCAUGUCCUUCUUGGGGACACCCAUCUUACAUCUUACAGAGUGGCAAAUGACCCAGAAAUGACAUGCUUUUGCCAGAUGCACAAGGUUUGUGGUUUCAUAGAAAUGGAUAAAGGUUGAUCCUAUGCCUGGUUCCUCUUCUCUGGUUUUAUUUAGUUAUUUACUGUAAAUUGACUUUUAUCAGGUUUCUGGUGACCAUAGGGUGUUGCCCUGUGAAUCACCCUUGGAGCUUCAGUGUCAGUCUGCACCAGUAUUUUAUGACCCUGCACUGCACAUCUUGGUGGUUUCCCUGCCCUAACACAGCUGUGUAAAAAUCAUUAAUGGAUUGUUAGUUAUCUGACAAGUUAAGUGUGAGUCAAGUGUGUGUGGUACAGGAACAACAAUGAGAUGUGCAGUGCAGAGGUAUUCCAAACUAGAAUUGGGAAAAACGUCUUUAAAACACAAAAAGACAAGAUAUAUUAAAUAACUGCUGUAAAUAUGCUUACACCAUUCAAAUGAUAUUUGUAGAUUUGGAGAGGAAGGUGUUUUUGAAGUAUCUCCCAUGAGUGUCAAAGAUAGAAACCUUGACUAAAACAAGACAAAGACCCUUUUGCUGUAAUGUUUUUAACUUACAAUGUUUACAUUGUACCAGAAAUGAGAUGUUUCUAUACUUUUUAAGUUUGUGGAGAUGUGAACUCAUUUAAUAUUUCAGCAAUGGGGAUUUGGUUUUAAUAAACUAUUUUCAUACCAAAAUGAAAGAACCGACUUCACACCUAAUACAAUUAGUUCUAUAAUUGCGUUUUCAGUAUGAUCUUAGUCUUUCUCAGGACUUGUCAUUAAAUAUCAAUAUUUUUAGAAAAGUUCAAAAGUUACAAGUUAAAGUUACAAGUAAAUAAACUAGCUGCUCACAGACAUCUCUCACUUUAAGACUUUCCUGUACUGUAAUGGAAUGCAUAUUUUCAAACACUUAAAAGGGAUUUGCAUGUA